AUGACAACAUCAUUCAUCUUAACAACGUUGUUUGUUUUUCUAGCAUGUUCUCUCUCACCAGAUGUUGGAUAUUGCUUUGGAAUCAACUAUGGUCAAGUUGCUAACAAUUUGCCACAACCUGAAAAAGUUCUUGUACUAUUGAGUACCUUAAACCUCACAAAAACAAGAAUCUACGACACAAAUCCUCAAAUUCUUACCACAUUUUCAAAAUCAAAUAUUGAGAUAAUUGUGACGGUUGAGAAUGAAAUACUUAACCAAUUAGAUGAUCCACAACAAGCACUUCAAUGGGUUAAUAGCCGCGUGAUACCGUUCUUACCGAACACGAAAAUCACCGGAAUUCAAGUAGGUAACGAGGUUUUCACCGACGACGAUACAACUCUUCUUCAACAUCUUGUUCCGGCCGUGAUUAAUAUCUACAAUGCUUUAGCUCAAUUAGGCUACUCGAAUAUUUGGGUUUCGACGCCUAGUUCGUUGGCCGUGUUGGAAAAUUCUUACCCGCCUUCGGCCGGGAGUUUUAAAGGCGAAAUUUCGAGUAUGAUGUAUCAAUUUUUGAAUUUUUUAGCGACCACGAAAGCGCCUUUUUGGAUCAAUGCUUAUCCUUACUUUGCUUACAAAGAUGAUCCAAAUUCAAUACCUUUGGACUAUGUUUUGUUUAACCCUAAUGCAGGAAUGGUUGAUCCUAACACAAAUCUUCAUUAUGACAACAUGCUUUAUGCUAUGGCUGAUGCUGUUUCAUUCUCCAUUGCUAAGAUGGGAUUUAAAGGGAUUGAAGUUAGGGUUUCCGAGACGGGUUGGCCUUCGAGAGGCGACGCAAAUGAGGUCGGUGCUUCUCCGGUGAAUGCCGCGACUUAUAAUAGGAACUUGUUGAAGAGACAAAUGGUGAAUCAAGGGACACCUCUGAAUCCUAGGAUGAGGUUGGAGGUUUAUUUGUUUGCAUUGUUUAAUGAAGAUUUGAAACCUGGUCCAACUUCAGAAAGAAACUAUGGUCUUUUUAGACCGGAUGAAUCUGUGACUUAUAAUGUUGGGUUUUCUACUCUUGCAACUCCAAAAUCAUCAGCUUCCACUUCAUUUUCUCUUGCUUCCUCUGCCACCAAAAUUAAGGUAGCACCAAAGGGACACAAAAACUUGGUGUAUUGGAUGUUUCUAUAUGUCUUAAUUUCAAUUCUUUAUGUGUGA